AGCCAUCUUGUCCUCCUGGCGAGGACGCGGCGGAGGCAGCGCGAGGAUGAGGCGCUUCCCGGCCGUCGCGAGCGGCCUCUCGAAGAGAUUUUACUCACUUAAAGUAGCUCCUAAAGUUGCAGCCUCGGCGAAAGUAGAUCGAGUGAAAUUAUCUCCAGAGGGACAAGAUUUUGAGAUUACAAAAUUGCCAAAUGGCUUAGUUAUWGCAUCUCUGGAAAAUUUUUCUCCAGCUUCAAGAAUUGGUGUGUUCAUUAAAGCAGGGAGCAGAUAUGAAACUACUAGUAACUUGGGAACUGCCCACUUGCUUCGUCUUGCAUCCAAUUUGACUACUAAAGGAGCAUCUUCUUUCAAGAUUACUCGUGGCAUUGAAGCUGUUGGGGGUAGCCUGAGUGUGUACUCAACRAGAGAGAAAAUGACUUACUCAGUUGAAUGCUUGCGUGACUAUGUUGAUACUGUAAUGGAGUUCCUCCUUAAUGUCACUACAGCUCCAGAGUUCAGGCCAUGGGAAGUAACCGAUCUUCAGCCACAAUUAAAAGUUGACAAAGCAAUUGCAUUUCAGAACCCACAAGUUGGAGUUUUGGAAAACUUGCACAUGGCAGCUUAUAAGAAUGCUCUGGCAAACCCUUUAUAUUGUCCAGAUUAUGCAAUUGGAAAAAUUACCUCUGAGCAGCUUCACCAUUUUGUACAGAACAAUUUUACAAGUGCGAGAAUGGCGCUCGUAGGAAUAGGUGUGAAGCAUGCUGAACUAAAGCAAGUUGCAGAGCAGUUUCUGAAUAUCAGAAGUGGAUCUGGUUCUUCUGGUGCAAAGGCCAUCUAUAGAGGAGGAGAAAUCAGAGAACAGAAUGGUGACAGCCUUGUCCAUGCUGCUGUUGUAGCAGAAGGAGCUGCGGUUGGAAGCGCAGAGGCCAAUGCGUUCAGUGUCCUGCAGCACGUUUUAGGUGCUGGGCCCCUUAUUAAGAGGGGAAGCAAUGUUACCAGCAAACUCAUCCAGGGUGUUGCUAAAGCGACUACCCAGCCAUUUGACGCUUCUGCAUUUAAUGUUAAUUACUCUGAUUCUGGGCUUUUUGGAGUUUACACCAUAUCACAGGCCCCAAAUGCUGCAGAGGUCAUUAAAGCUGCUUUGAACCAGAUCAAGGCAGUUGCUCAGGGCACCAUCACAGAUGCCGAUGUCACAAAAGCAAAAAAUCAGCUGAAAGCCACCUAUUUGAUGUCCGUGGAGACUGCAGAGGGGUUACUGAAUGAAAUUGGCUCUGAGUCCCUGGUUUCUGGCACACACACAUCACCAUCUGAUGUUGCUCAAAAGAUCGACUCUGUGGCCACAGCCGAUGUUGUGAAUGCUGCGAAGAAGUUUGUCAAUGGGAAGAAAUCAAUGGCAGCUAGCGGGGAUUUGGGAAAUACUCCUUUUCUUGAUGAGUUGUAAAAGCAAAGAUGAGGCAGAUUCAAAAGGGACCUGAGCUACAAGUCACAUGUGUUCUAAAUAAAUUGCUACUAACUUGUUAUUUAUGGAUUCAGUUCUUUCCAAAAAUUAAUCUGCAGUAAUUGUGGGCUUGCACACAUCAAAUAAAGUGCUGAGU